AUGUCCAGUAGAAUAAAGGAAAUGCGAACGAGUUUAUAUCAAAAAUUAAUUCAAAAAGGAACUCCUGGUAAUUGGGAACAUAUUACUCAACAGAUAGGAAUGUUCUCUUACACAGGCCUUAGCGAAACACAAGUUGAAUGUUUAAUUAAUAAUUAUCACAUCUAUAUGUUACGAAGCGGUAGAAUAAAUAUGUGUGGACUUAAUGAAUCUAACUUAGAUUACGUGGCAAAUGCAAUUUAUGAAACUAUUCUGCUGUAUCCACAUAAUAAGGAAAAUUGUACAUGUUAA